UGAAAGGGGAAGUGAUGAAAUCAUGCACACAUGAUUUAAUGAAAUCAUGCACACAUGAUUUAAUGAAAUGUUGACUUUGAAUGCCAUAAUUUGUUUUGGUCUGUACUACGGAUAAAAUACAACUAUUCCUUCAUGGCCAACCAACCUGAAAGCACUGAUGAAGAUUUUAACGAUUCAUUCAACAUGCAUGCCAUUCUUGAUAUUCUACAUGAUGAACUCGUGGGGCCAAGUGACCAAAAUUUGAUGAUGGCCAACUCUGGCUACAAUGUAGAAUAUCCAUCCAGGAUGCCGAUGUCUCCAAUGGCGAAUACAGACGUAAAACCCCAGAUAGACACUUGCGGAAUAGUGGCAGGUCCAGCCCAAAAGAUGGGUGGGAUGCCAGGUACCAGUGCCAAUCUUACCCCAGGAGCCACCGGAGCUCAACAACCCCGAUAUUCUGUGGCAGAAAAACGUAAACUUAUCCAACAACAACUAGUGCUGUUGCUGCACGCCCACAAAUGUCAGAAGCGUCAGCAGACCUAUGGAGGGGUGUGUUCUCUACCUCACUGCAGAACAAUGAAGAACGUGCUAAAUCACAUGACGACUUGCAAUGCUGGAAAGUCCUGUCAAGUCGCUCACUGUGCAUCAUCUAGACAGAUAAUAACACAUUGGAAGAACUGCACUAGAAAUGACUGUCCUGUGUGUAUGCCAUUAAAGCAUGCCCAAAACACAGACAUGACUGGACAGAAUCCAGGCAAUCUAAGUUGUAAGGACACUUCCAAACAUUCCGCUGCAACAGAUUUUAUGAACUGAAUGUUCAUAACACAUAAUUAUGAUAUUUAUUAAAAUGAAAAUUCAUUUAA